ACGUCAAAAACACCGCUCAUUCAUUGACCAUAAGCGUCAUAUCAACAAAUUUUCAUUAAAACAAUUUAUACAUUCGAUAAAACUGUCGAAUGUUCGAUUAAUCAACAAGAGAUAUAAAUAUAAAGACGCAGAACAGAAAUUGGGUGUGAAAAAUUGAAAAGUUAAAUCGACGAUGUCUAGUUUCAAAAACCGAACGGUACAACCAGGGGACGAUUAUGUUGAUUUAGUGACGGAGAUGCAUUGUAUCAUUGAACAGGAGGUGGAACUAACAUUAAUAGGCAUUUGUGAUAACUUUAAACAAUUUGGGUGGCCACUCAAUGCACAUUUUCGCACUAAUUUCUUACAAACCAUCGAACAAACAGUCUUAAAAACAUAUGAUCAAUUUAUGAUGAAUUUGAAAUUCGAAGAGCAUGGUAGAGUGUAUUCUGUUGAACAACAACAGGUGAAACAGAGACCAUAUUUGACAGAGAAUCGAAAUAAUCCAGACGAUGUCAACAAUCAAAUAUGUUUGACAAAAAAGCUAAAAGUAGACGAAGGUGUAGCGAAUGAAAUAGCAAAUGAAAGACGAUCGCCAAAAAAAUUGAUUCACUACACUUCAAAUUUUCCAACGAAAUUGAGCACCGAAGAAGUU